AUGGAGACGAGUGUUGUGUCACGUGAAGAGGACGGAGUGACUGUGGAGCUGGUGUGGCGCGGUCCGGCGUGGCUCGGCGAGGGGCCACUCUGGCACCCUACCGAGGGCGCCCUCUACUAUUUGGACUGCAUCAGGCCAGAGCUGCACAGGCUCGACGUGGAGACGGGCGAGCACAAGAGCUGGAUGAUGCCGGCCCUCAUCGGCAGCAUUGCGCCGCGCGCCAAGGGUGGCCUGAUUGCCGCUCUCGGCAAGGGCCGUGCCGCGAUCACCUUCGACGACAAGUGGGAGAUCAACAUCGCCAUGGAGCAGGACAUCCUCGGCAACAUCGACCUCAGGCUCAACGACGGCAAGUGCGAUCGUCAGGGCAGGUUCUGGGUCGGGACUGUGGCCGCCGAUUUCGACCAGCCCGAUGGCUCCCUCUACCGCCUCGACCUCGACGGGUCCGUGCAUGAGAUGGAGCAGAAGAUCAAGGUCUCCAACGGUCUUGCGUGGUCGCUGGACAACAAGACGAUGUACUACACCGAUUCGCCCAACCGCGAGAUCUACACCUAUGACUUCGACGAGAAGACGGGCAACAUCUCGAACAGAAAGGUGUUUGCCACCAUUGCUCAGGACGCCGGUGUGCCCGACGGCUUGACCAUCGACAGCGAGGGUAACAUCUGGUCGGCUCACUGGGACGGCUACAGGGUUACCAAGUACAGGCCCGAUGGCUCGGUUGACAGGGUGAUCAAGAUGCCCGCUCAGAGGCCCACGUCGUGCAUGUUCGGCGGCAAGAACCUCGAUGUGCUCUACGUCACGUCCGCCUCGCGCGACAUUGGCGAGACCGAGUCGCUCAAGGGCGAGCUGGACGGCGCCCUCUUCGCCAAGGGCUUGCCCGAGACCGCCUUCCUCGGCUAA